AUACGAAUAACUUCAGACUCUCGUUGGUUCCGCCCUCACUUUCCUCACUAUCACCACUAGAUGGCAGAGAGGUAUUGGGUGAAAAGUUCUGCCAUCGCUGUCAAAGUUAAAUGUUUUGCUUCGUCCUGAGUUAGGGUUUGGGAGUGGAAAUUGUACAGCAUCAGCACACUACUUUACGUGUUUCUGUUUCCGCAAAUACAAGGAUGAAAUAGAAAUCUCACGCGAUCAACCGACUUUACAUGGACGCGGUUCAAAUCCAUCCCGUGUGCUCGUGCAAAUGCCCCGCGCGAAACACUCACCGCUCAUUUCCUGGAUUCGUGAUUUCACAGUAUAACAACUUCUGCAAACCUCUGUGCCUCCUCCACUGACUGCACACUGCCAUGUGUGUGUGAGUGUCCCUGCAGCUCUUGGCAAUGCUGUGGAGAAAUGCCGUUCGUUUCUACCAAAGGGAUUUAUUCGUGUAAUCAAAUAUUUUAGAGAUCUAUAAGAAAGAGUAUUUGACUCGGACAUGGAUGGAUCUACGAAUAGUCUUGAUGAUGUGUCGGCAGAAAGCAGCACAGAGUUUCCUGACAAGCUGUCUUUAAUGGAGGUACGCCUCCAAGCACAGGAAGAUGAAAUAACUCUACUGAAGUCCUCAUUGGCCGAUGCCUUACGCAAGCUCCGCCUUCAUGACCAACAGAUACCCUUGCUUAAACAGCAGCUGAUUGCUGUGAACCCCGCUGCUGCUCGAGUGUUAAAUCAGCCCUAUUAUGUGGAUGGAUUCUUUAAACCUUGCAGAAUGUCUACAAGCUCUCUUGAUGGACUUCACCACCCACCCAACAGCCAUAUCUCAAACACAGCUGAAAAUGGGGAGGGCGGGGCUAAUACAAUUCCCAGCCACAAAUCAAGCGCUAGUGACAGGUGUACACAGACAGAUCCGUGGAUCCCAAAUUACGAGACUGUCCCGCUGGACUUGACGCAGGGUGUCCAUAGUCUGUCCCUGGAGGAUGCUUUACCUGAAGGCGUCCCCUUCACGGAAGACACCUUGACCAAAUUCCAUGGAGAGGACGAAGACAUUGAUGAGAGAUACAAGGACCACACCUGGAGCUCUGUAGUAGAAGACAUCAUCCAGCCCACCACUAUCAGGACACUCCAGCAGCAACAGAGCAAAGGCAGUGAGGACAGCCAGGGAUCAUGCCCUCAAACCCCAACGUCCUCCUCCCCAGCACCCACGAAAGAGCCAGCCUCCAGCCUGCAUGGAGGACCCCUCUCGUCCAUCCAGGAGGGAGAGAAAGCACUGGUCAGGAGGAACAGUGAGAAACUAAGUAGAGACCCCCAAGACAAGACCAAACAGCGGCUUUCUAAGAAAGCAGCCUCCUCUACAAACUUACUUUCUCGAUCUCCAAGUCUUGAGAACCGGGCAAAGGACCUUAUUUCCAGUACAGGUUCUCAGGGGGCCAGGAGAGGAACUCAAAGUCAGUCAAUCAAGAUGUUUAUUCGCGGGCGACCAAUCACCAUGUACAUUCCCUCAAACAUUGUAAACUAUGAGGAGCUGAAAAUGGAUCUUCCCUCACAGAGACUGGAUUUGGACUGGGUCUAUGGUUACCGGGGGCGAGAUUGUCGUGCUAAUCUUUACCUCUUGCCAUCUGGGGAGGCUGUGUAUUUUAUUGCGUGUGUGGUGGUUUUGUACCACAUAGGCAAACGAACGCAACGACAUUAUCGCAAACACACAGACUGCGUACGUUGUCUUGCCAUUCAUCCAGACAAGGUGCGCAUAGCAUCGGGACAGACAGCUGGAGUAGACAAAGAUGGCAAGCCCCUUCAGCCAUUUGUGCACAUUUGGGACUCCAAAACGCUAGUGACACUGCAGCAGAUUGGCCUUGGCACAUUCGAGCGAGGUGUUGGAGCUGUAGCAUUUUCCAAUUCAGAUGCAGGCACAUUUCUAUGUGUGAUUGAUGAUUCCCAGGAACACAUGUUUUCUGUGUGGGACUGGAAUAAGAACACAAAGCAUACUGAGGUCAAGAGCACUAAUGAGGCAGUUUUGGCAGUGGACUUCAGCCCUACAGACACCAACAACAUCAUCACUUGUGGCAAGUCCCAUGUGUACUUCUGGACCAUGAGUGCUGGGACUUUGACCAAGAAACAGGGCAUCUUUGGAAAAUACAAAAAGCCCAAGUUCAUCCUGUGCUUCGUGUUCAGUCUCACGGGUGAUGUGUUGACGGGAGACUCCGAGGGAAACAUUCUCACUUGGGGAAAAUCAGCCGCUGAUAUCAAAACAUUGGGAAAAGGAGCAAAGGAAACAUUUCAGAUCAUGAAGCAGACGCGCGCUCACGAGGGCAGUGUUUUUACUAUGUGUGUCCUGCAGGGCGGCGCUAUACUGAGCGGUGGCGGUAAGGACCGCAAGAUUAUCCGCUGGAGCGCAGAUCUGGCGCCUGAAAGAGAGUGUGAGAUUCCAGAGAAAUUUGGGGCAGUUCGCACCAUUGCUGAUGUAGAUGGUGAGGAAUUGCUUGUUGGUACAACACGAAACGCAAUCUUGAGAGGAACUUUUUCAGACGGAUUUGUGGCCAUUGUACAGGGACAUGUGGAUGAAAUGUGGGGUCUGGCCACUCACCCAUCUCAGAACAUCUUUCUCACCUGUGGAAACGAUCGUCAAGUAUAUGUGUGGAAUGCAGAGGACCACAAACUGGACUGGUGCACCACACUAGAGGAGUCUGGUCUGUGUGCUGAUUUCUGUCCCAAUGGUGCUGUUGUCUCUGUUGGACUAAGUACUGGAAGAUGGGUUGUACUGGAUCUACAAACCAAAGAAGUGGUAUCAGACAUGACUGAUGGCAAUGAGCAGUUAUCCGUAAUGAGAUACUCUCCAGAUGGCUGCUUUUUGGCAGUUGGUUCCCAUGACAACUUCAUCUACAUUUACAACGUCACAGAAGGAGGCCGGCGCUACAUGCGAUUUGGAAAGUGCACAGGACACUCCAGUUUCAUUACUCACCUUGACUGGUCCAAAGAUGGGAAAUAUAUCAUGUCCAACUCUGGCGAUUAUGAAAUUCUCUACUGGGAUAUCGCAGGCGGCUGCAAGCUGUUGAGGAACCGGUUUGAGAGUAAAGAUCGAGAGUGGGCAUCCUAUACCUGUGUGCUUGGCUUCCAUGUCAUGGGUGUGUGGCUUGAAGGGUCAGAUGGGACAGACAUCAAUGCCUUGUGUCGCUCGCACAGUGAGAGCAUGGUGGCAGUUGCUGAUGACUUCUGUAAAGUUCAUCUGUUCCAGUAUCCCUGUCCUAAACCAAAGGCACCCAGUUAUAAGUACGAAGGCCACGGGAGUCAUGUGACCAACGUACGCUUCACGCUUAACGACAGUUAUCUCGUGUCAUUGGGCGGGAAAGACACCUGCAUCCUCCAAUGGCGAGUUAAAAGGACGGGGACUGGAGACAAUAAGGAACAUGUGCCCUCAUUCUCUCCUGUCUGCUCUUCUUCUGGCUCUCCAGAAAAUGGAACAUAGACAGACACAAUGUGAAUCAAGAACCAGAAAGAGAGAAAACAAGAAAUGCAAGAAGAUAUUGUAGGAAAUGAAGCAAGGGUGAAAUAUUUUACUGCACAAUGUGUUGUGACAUUAAGCAUUUGGAAGGUUCUGCCAGAUUUUGUGAAAUAUGUAACACGUUCUUUUACCAUUGAGAACUAAUAACUAAUGCAUAGCUAUUCACUACCUACAUUCCUGUAUAACCUGACAUGUUACAAUGUACCAUGAUGCUGUGUUGCACCUUUAGACAUUUAAACAUUUGUGUCAGAUACAUGUUAUUGUUUAUCUCAAAAUCAGUCAUUAGAAAUUAUAUAUUUCAAUAUAGACCUAAGUAGUGAUUAUCCAAGUGUAUGGGUGGAGAACAUGACCAAAAUAGCCAAAUUUGAAAGAAUAAAUCCUGUGGAUGUUGUGAAGUUUUUCUGGUGAAAGAUUUCUUCUUAUGAAGUAGAAGUUUUUGGUCCAUUAUUAUUUUUUUUUUAUUAUUGUGAGUGACAUUAUUUUUAUGACAAUUAAGAACAAUUUCCCUCCAAAUAACUGUAUUACGGAAAUGUAUUCUUAAUUCUGCAACACAGUAAUGAAAAUCAUCCUAUCUAGAUGCAAUUUUAUUUUUAUUGAAAUCAGCAAAUUCAGUACAACAAAUAAUACCAUAUAUGCACAAUAUUUUACUUUACAAAUGUACAGUAGGCUGUUGAGAACUGAUUUUGCGUGAAAAUAAUGUCACAUUGCCUAAAUUCUAAAUGGCCCUAAAAUAGGCUUUGUUUUCUUUAUGCAGAAUAAUAAAUGUAAUUUCUUAUUUAUUUAAAUUUUUGGGGAAACAAGACCCAGAUAUUUCUUGAAAGAUUCACACAUGUAUUUGAGCAAACUGCAGUUCAAUUUGAAAUGUUUGUGAAUUCGGUCUCAAAAAUUUGAUUGUUUUGUAAUUUCAAAAGUAUCAUGAGAAUGUUUUGGAAAAAAAUACAUUUAUCAUGCCUUCCUUAAUUCAAUAAGGUUACGUCAUUGAGAAGCAUUUUUUACUGCCUAUUCUAUAACCGUCCUCGUGUUAACCGUGAUAACCGGCCUCUGGCUACAGGCACACCCUAAGGAAAAUCUACUUUUUUUCUGGCCACAAAAUGUUGUAAUAUUCAGGAAAAUCCACUUCUUUUGAUUGAAUAAUGAUGGAGGAACAUAAUUUGUGUGAAAAGAAAUAACAACAGAAGGUUGUUUUGAAUUUAAAAAAAGGUGGUGAGGGAGCCUUUUACCUCACACCUGGGAAAAAGUCUCCCUUACUUGGGAAAAAAGGCCCCCAGGGAGUUUAUAUUGAUAUAUAGUGUAGAUAACAGGGCCAGUAGUUAUAGGGCACAAUUUGUCAAGACAUUUGACAUUUUAUGUAUUCUACAAACAAAUGAAUCUCCAUUGUUAUUGGAUCAGUCAAUGUGAGCCCACUUUGAAAAUUUUUCAUAUCAAAUCUAUUCCCCCCACUCAGAGAUGGAUUACCGACCAGACCAAUGGGGCCAGUGUCCAGGGGCCUAUGACUCCCUGGGGGGGCCCUAGACUUUAAGGUUGCGCGAUCCAGUUUGGUGAUCCCCCCGCUCGAUUACCCAUCAACAAUGAAAAAGAAACAACAACCCCCUCCCCGGUCAACACAUUUUGGAGAUAAUUGGCCCUCUGGCCUUUGCAAGUCAUAAUCAAUCCCUGCCCCCAGUGAAGAAAACUAUGUGUUUAAUGGGUGCCUUUAGCUACUGCAACUGGAGGGCUUUUUACCCCAAAACCAUCCUUUCACCUAUUGGAUGGUUAUUGAAAAAUGUUUGAUAUAAUCAAAAUUGAAAAUGACAAAUAAGUAUUUUGUCUCAAAAUAAAUGUGAUGAUUUCCAUGAUAUUCAUUAGCUACAGAAAUUGUAAAAAUUGUAAAAAUUAAUAAACAUUAGAUCAAAUGACCUUAAAAUCAAUCAAGACAUUUCACUCCAUGAUGAUUCAUGGAUCAGGAAACUAAUGCAGUGCUUAGAGACAAACAGGUGUUUAGGAAGGUCUUGUGGUAUUAUUUACGCUAUUUAGUGUUUUAAGAGAAAAUCAGAGGAGCAUUUAGCCCCGUUGUACCCUACUACAUGUGUCAUUAAUUACAUUAUAAAGUCAUUUGUCUCUGUGAAGCUUGCUGUUACAGAUUCUAGGAUAAUCAGCACUUUAAUUUCUUUCAGGAAUGUGUCUACUGUCCCAAAACAUCCUAAUUGCUUUUUUUUUUUUUUUUCGUCUUUAUUUUUUAGAUAAAGUCAGCUUUUCACAGCUUGUUUGAACAAUGUGAACAUUUAUGUUAUUGUUUAAUCAAUAAAUAUGUCUUGAAGUUACCAUAUUUUUGUCUAGAUGUGCUCCAAAAAUCAUUACAUUUAGCUUUAGCGUCACAACAUAUCUUAGCAUCACCUAGUGGGCAAUAAAAAUAAUGCAUUAAAAACGUGGGACUGUAAAGCGGUCUUUAAAUCUAUAGGGGGCAAUAUUGUACCAAUUUUCGCUGUUCUAACCUGGUUCGCCCAUGGAGUUUUUCAUGAUCCAAC